AUGCCCUUCCUUGUUCGAGGCAGGAUUGAUGAUAGAGCAGCCAACAGUGUCCUUGCUCCUCCUUCGGCAAAGGUUUCUUCUAGUGCUUCUCGCUCAAAGGCAGUCAAAAGUCGUCGCCGUCGUCGGCCUACUGAUUUCCGUCGUCAAUUGACAAAAUGGUCCAUCGAAGUUGAAGUCGAAGAAUGGGAGCCUGAGAAAAUUGAGUAUGGAGGAGGAAACCUCAGCAAGGAUGAGAAAAUGAAGAAGUAUUUAGGUACUACUGACGAAAAAACGGAGUUCAAAUGA